UUGCUUACCUCUCAGGUUGGUCGGUGCGGAGGGGUCUCCCAUAAGAUGCAUUCUCAUCAAAUGAUCAUUUUAUAUUUACUAACUCUCGCGGUCCGCCGAAUUUCGGGUGUUCCCAUUCCGGUGAGACGAGAGGUGUACGACAAUGGGAACAUAUUUGAUAUCACACAUAGAGUGAAUCCCGACAUGCCUUCAUGGGACUCAAAGAAAGGCAUCGGUGAGUACAUAUGGCUCGUAGCUAGUAUGAAGAAUGGCUCUAGUGUCAAUGCUUCAGAAAUGAAGCUAUCGACGCAUACCGGCACACAUAUCGAUGCUCCGUCGCAUGUUUAUGAUGAGUACUAUGAUGCUGGAUUCGACAUUGAUUCACUUGAUAUGCGGGUUCUUAAUGGUCCAGCAUUGCUAGUUGAUGUUCCAAGAGACACUAACAUAACAGCUCAAGUUAUGAAGUCAUUGGAAAUUCCUAAGGGAGUGAAUCGUGUACUUUUUAGAACUUUAAAUACUGACAGGAAACUUAUGUUUAAGAAAGAGUUCGACUCCAGCUAUGUCGGAUUCAUGAGCGAUGGGGCAAAAUGGCUCGUAGAGAACACAGAUAUCAAACUUGUUGGACUUGAUUAUUUGUCAGUUGCUUCUUAUAUCGACGCCCUUCCAACGCAUCUUGUUUUCCUUAAAAGCAAGGAAAUAAUUCUGGUGGAGGGACUAAAACUUGAUAACAUUGCAGCAGGACUAUACAAUCUCCAUUGCUUGCCUCUAAGGUUGGUUCGUGCCGAUGGAUCGCCUGCUAGAUGCAUUCUUAUCGACUAAAAGUUCGAAAAAACGUCAUUCUAGUGCAUAAAUUUAUAUUGCAUAGUAAAAUAUAUAUAAUUUGAUCAAUUAAGAUCGAAUAGACUCAACUUUGUUUAAAAUUAGAUUACAUAAAUCCAAAUCGAGAUGAAUAGUACAACAAUUGGAUUUGUUUGAUUUGAAUUAUAAAUGUAUGGAUCUAUUUGGCAUAAAUUGAUAAAAUUAGAUUGAAA